AUGGUCGGCGGUCAUGUAGGAGUAAAUCGUUGUAAUAUAGACGGUUGCCAGUAUCGUCAUCAUCCGCUGUUGCAUUCCAUUCGGCGGACUGCGAUCACUAGUGUACCAGCGGAGAGUCACACUCAUCAGUAUCUCGGUUCGAGUGUAUUGUUUAGCAUAGUACCCGUUACGCUGUACGGGGGAGCUGGUCAGGUGAAUACUUACGCUUUCUUAGACGAAGGGUCCUCGCUAACAUUAAUGGAAAAUGAAAUCGCGAAAGAGCUUGGAGUAAGUGGUACCGUGCAGCCACUGUGCCUUCGGUGGACGGGGAAUACUUCAAGAGUUGAGGAGAAUUCACGGGUUGUCACCGUUUCUAUAAGUGGACUGGGUUCACAGAGACGAUUUCAGAUGUCGAAUGUACGUACGGUACCCAGUUUAAACCUCCCCAGCCAAACUUUCCAAAAGGAAAACGCCUUUGAGCGGUUUGACUAUCUCCGGCAGCUACCAUUACUGAGUUACAAGAACGUUACUCCGAAACUAUUGAUUGGAUUGGAACAUAUUCACUUAGCUGUUCCACUGAAGGUGAGAGAAGGCAAUGGAAACGGGCCUACUGCAGUAAAGACAAGGCUCGGCUGGUGUGUCUAUGGACGGCAACAACCCGGGGGGCCAAGUUUAUGUAAUGUUCACGUUUGUGAGUGUAACCCGGACAGGGAUCUGCACGAUGCUGUGAAACAAUUUUACGAUAUAGAAGAAGUAGGAGCAGGAAAAUUAACUUUGUCUACCAAAGCUGACCAGCGAGCGUUGGACUUGCUUGAGAAGACCACGGUACGCGUUGGGAAACAAUUUGAGACCGGUUUAAUAUGGAAGGAUGAUUAUGUAGAACUACCGGAUAGUUAUUUGAUGGCUCUGCGCAGGUUGGAGUGUUUGGAGAAAAAAUUGACACGGGACCCACAACUUAAAGAAAAUGUUCACCGUCAAAUGCAAGAAUUCGUCGAGAAAGGAUAUAUCCAUAAAGCGGAGAAAGAGGAGCUUGACACAGCCGAUCCCCGUAGAAUCUGGUACCUUCCUAUUGGAGCAGUAACAAAUCCGAAGAAACCGGGAAAAACACGUAUAGUGUGGGAUGCAGCUGCUAAAUGUGAGGGUGUGUCUUUAAAUAGCAUGCUGCUGAAGGGCCCUCACCAGUUGGUGUCCUUAUUGGGAGUUUUAUAUCGCUUCCGGCAGUUCAAGAUUGCGGUGUGUUCAGAUGUUAAGGAGAUGUUCCUGCAAAUAUUGAUGCGACAGAGUGAUAAACAUGCGCAGCGAGUUCUUUGGAGAACCGAUCCAAAGCAAAAACCCGAUAUUUUCCUAGUAGAUGUGGUAACGUUUGGAUCGACCUGUUCGCCAGCGUCAGCCAAAUUUGUUAAAAAUAAAAACGCCAGAGAGCACAGUGAAAAGUACCCCAGGGCAGCCGAAGGGAUACUGAAGAGUACUUAUGUAGAUGACUAUCUAGACAGUUUUGGAUCAGAGAAAGAAGCAUGUCAUGUUGCGCAAGAAGUGCGACAAAUUUUCCGAAAUGGCGGAUUCGAGCUAAGAAACUGGCUCUCGAACAAUAACGGCGCAUUGAAGCACCUUGGGGAGAAACAAGCUGCUAUCAGUAAAAGCCUAGUUAUGACUAGCACGAGUUGUGAGCGCGUACUUGGGAUGCUAUUGAACCCGCUGACAGAUGAACUCUCGUUCAGCACCCGUAUGAGCGACGAAGUUCGAACGCUUUUGGAAAACAACAUUAAGCCAACAAUACGUCAAGAUUUAUGGCGUGAGGGAACCGGAUUGGAUGAGGAGGUUGGUGAAAAUCCGUUCAGAGACUGGUGCAGAUGGAUCAAGAUGAUCGACUUUAUAACGGAUGUUCGAAUUCCUCGCUGUUAUUUUCCUGAUGCAUCGGUACAAACCUACAAUCAGGCUGAACUUCAUGUUUUUGUUGAUGCGAGUUUUCUCGCGUAUGCUUGUGCCUUAUAUCUGCGAACGACUAAUAGCAACGGUACGCCUCAGUGCACGUUAAUCGCGGCAAAGGCAAAAGUCGCACCGCUCAAACCCAUGACGAUACCGAAAUUGGAAAUACAAGGCUGUGUAUUGGGAACCAGAUUGGCGAAAUUCGUCGAGAGCAACCACUCGGUCACUAUUGGCAGGAAAAUUUUGUGGACAGAUAGCUCAGUCGCCCUUUCGUGGAUUCAGGCUGAACCUAGAAACUACAGACAGUUCGUAGCGAAUCGGGUUGGCGAAAUCCAAGAGUCAACAACCGGUGACGAAUGGAGAUGGGUCCCCUCUGAAUCAAACCCUGCCGACGAAGCUACAAAGUGGGGGACUGGACCAUACUUUGGCAAUAGUUUAUGGUACAAUGGACCAGAGUUUUUACGCUGCUCCGAGAAUAAAUGGCCGCGUGCCGCUGAUGACGUUGUUAAUACCACCGAAGAAAUUAGAUCAUCCAUUCUUUUUCAUAAAGCCUGGCAGCCAGUGAUUGAAUACCGUCGUUUUUCCAAAUGGGAGAGGCUUCUGCGGAGUGUCGCCUAUGCGCUCCGAUUUUUGUAUAUUUAUUUAAAAAAGGGGAAAAGACACGGCCAUCUGACGCAGCCGGAACUGGAAGCGGCCGAAAUUGAAAUAUUAAGGCAAGUUCAAAUGGAAUCUUACCCAGAUGAAGUGGCCACUCUGAGAAAAAAUCAAAAGCUACCAAAGGAUAAACAGGAGCCAAUCGAGAAGUCGAGCUUGAUUUAUCAGCUUAGACCGAUGUUAGAUGAACAGGGAAUACUGCGGCAAAAUAGUCGAAUUGCGACAGCAAAGCAUAUAAACCAUAACGUACGCUGUCCGAUAAUUUUACCACGAAAACAUUACUGUACAGGACUACUUGUGGAGAAAUACCAUCGCACCUACCAUCACGCGAACGCGGAAACAGUCGUGAACGAAGUGCGUCAAUUGUUUGUCAUUCCGAAGCUCCGAACGCUGGUAAGAGAAGUUGGACGAAAUUGCCAGUGGUGUAAAGUGCGCCGAGCGUAG